UACCUUGGACAGCAGCCAGCACCCUCCCAGUUCCUGCCUGACCCUGCCUGGCCUAGCUCGGGCUUCUCCAGGUUCUCAAAUAGCACAGCCUCCAGCCAGCAGCCAGCAAGACUACACAGCACCUCAGGAGGGACAGUGGGUGGACACAGGCAGAGAUCCGGGAUAAGACAAACCGCCGGUCAGGGACUUGGAGGAGGAAGGGGGUCAGGCAGAGCCGAGUGAGGCUGGAGACCUGGUGCUAGGGGAAGUCACAGGAUCUCAGGAAGAAGGGACUUUGUGGGCAGGGCUUUGCUGGGGCUAAGGGAGGCUCACUGAGAGAUGAGAAAACUGCCUGAUGGACUAGAGACAGGGUCUCCCCCGGGAAGGACCCCCAAGGUCGGGGAGGAGCGGUUUUGGACAAAGUCCAUCGGAGAGUCCUGUCCAGGCCAUGGGCAUCAAGACGGCUCUGCCUGCAGCUGAGCUCGGGCUCUACUCCCUGGUGCUGAGCGGGUCCCUGGCUUACGCUGGCCGAGGUCUCCUGGAGGCAUCGCAAGAUGGGGCCCACAGGAAGGCCUUCCGGGAGUCUGUGCGACCUGGCUGGGAGUACCUGGGCCGGAAGAUGGAUGUGGCUGACUUCGAGUGGGUGAUGUGGUUCACCAACUUCCGAAACAUCAUUGUCUUUGCUCUCUCGGGACACGUGCUGUUUGCCAAACUCUGCACCAUGGUGGCCCCCCAGCUCCGCUCCUGGAUGUAUGCUGUGUACGGAGUCCUGGCCGUGGUGGGCACAAUGGGCCCAUGGUACCUGUUGCUGCUUCUCGGCCACUGUGUGGGCCUCUAUGUGGCCUCACUCUUGGGCCAGCCCUGGCUGUGCCUUGCCCUUGGUCUGGCCAGCCUGGCCUCCUUCAAGAUGGACCCCCUGAUCUCUUGGCAGAGUGGGUUUGUAACAGGCACCUUUGAUCUUCAAGACGUCCUGUUCCACGGAGGCAGCGGCUUCACGGUGCUCCGCUGCACCAGCUUCGCGCUGGAGCGCUGUGCCCACCCCGACCGCCGCUACUCCCUUGCUGACCUGCUCAAGUACAAUUUCUACCUGCCCUUCUUCUUCUUCGGGCCCAUCAUGACCUUCGACCGCUUCCAUGCUCAGGUGAGCCAGGAGCCAGUGAGGCCAGAAGGAGAGCUGUGGCGCAUCCAGGCCCAGGCAGGACUCAGCGCGGCAGCCAUCGUGGCUGUGGACAUCUUCUUCCACUUCUUCUACAUCCUCACCAUUCCCAGCGACCUUAAGUUUGCCAGCCGCCUCCCAGACAGCGCCCUUGCUGGCCUGGCCUACUCAAACCUGGUGUAUGACUGGGUGAAGGCAGCGGUCCUCUUUGGUGUUGUCAACACUGUGGCGCGCCUGGACCACCUGGACCCUCCUCAGCCUCCUAAGUGUAUCACCGCACUCUACGUCUUCGGGGAAACGCACUUCGACCGUGGCAUCAAUGACUGGCUUUGCAAAUAUGUAUAUGACCACAUUGGUGGGGAUCAUUCCUCUGUGAUCCCGGAGCUGGCUGCCUCCGUGGCCACGUUUGUCGUCACCACUCUGUGGCUUGGACCUUGUGACAUCGUCUACCUGUGGUCUGUCCUUAACUGCUUUGGCCUCAAUUUCGAGCUCUGGGUGCAGAAGCUGGCAGAGUGCGGACCAUUGGCGCAAAUCGAGCAGGCCCGGCUAUCAGAGCAGAUGUCUCGCAGGGUCCGGGCCCUCUGUGGGGCUCUAAACUUCUGGGCUAUCAUCAUGUACAAUCUUGUGAGUCUCAACAGCCUUGAGUUCACAGAGCUGGUGGCCCGACGCCUGAUACUUACAGGCUUCCCUCAGACCACGCUGGCCGUCUUGUUUGUCACCUACUGUGGUGUCCAGCUGGUAAAGGAGCGUGAGCGAACCUUGGCUUUGGAGGAAGAGCAGAGGAAGGACAAAGAGAAGCUGGAGUAGGGUUGGGGACAGAGGACUGGGCUCUGCUCAGCUGCAUCUGGGCCCCAGGCCAUGGGGCCUGACCAACAGAAUAAAAGACUUUUCUACCAUGGUA